CACCCGUCCUUCUCUUCUCACCCUUCACCCCUUUUCUUUUAUAUACAAACCUAACCGGCCGGCCAUUCCCAUUAGUUUUUGUAUUCUAUCAAUCACACCCUUUUCCCUCUACCUAGCUAUAUGGAGUUAAAGGACGCCAUUCUUCUUCUCUUUGCCUUCCUCUUCUUCUCCUUAUGGUGGCGCUACUGGUCUGCUACCGGGGGCGGAUCGAAGAAUCUUCCACCUGGUCCACCUGGCUGGCCGAUCGUCGGAAACCUCAUCCAAGUUAUCCUCCAGCGUCGUCCAUUCAUCUUCGUAGCACGCGAUUUACGUGAAAAAUAUGGUCCCAUUUUCACCAUGCAAAUGGGACAACGCACACUCAUCAUUGUGUCAAGUGCCGAACUCAUUCACGAAGCUCUUGUGCAACGUGGACCCUUAUUCGCCAGCCGCCCUGCAGACUCUCCCAUCCGCCUUGUCUUUAGCGUCGGCAAAUGCGCUGUCAACUCUGCCGAAUACGGCCCUCUCUGGCGAACCCUCCGCCGCAACUUCGUUACGGAGUUAAUCAAUCCUACCAGAAUCAAGCAGUGUAGCUGGAUACGGAAGUGGGCCAUAGAAAGCCAUCUGGAAAGACUAAGAAAAGAGAAUUCAGAGAAAGGAUUCGUUGAGGUUAUGAGUAACUGCCGGCUUUCAGUCUGUAGUAUUCUCAUCUGCAUAUGCUUUGGAGCCAAAAUCCCGGAAGAAGAGAUUAAAGUCAUAGAGAGUAUACUGAAGGAUGUGAUGUUGAUUACAUUGCCAAAGCUUCCGGACUUCUUGCCGAUUCUGACGCCGUUGUUUGGGCGGCAGUUGAAGCAAGCGAAAGAGCUGAGGAGAAAACAGUUGGAGUGUUUGAUUCCGUUGAUAAGGAAGAGAAGGAUGUUUAUGGAGAGGAAUGGGGAUGAGAGUGUGAGGAAGGAGUUGCCGGAGAUGGUUAGUCCGAUGGGGGCGGCGUAUCUUGAUUCGCUUUUCGAACUGGAAACGCCGGGACGAGGGAGGUUGGGAGAGGAGGAACUGGUGACGCUUUGUUCGGAAGUUAUUAAUGCUGGAACUGACACGAGCGCGACGGCGUUGGAGUGGGCUUUGCUUCAUUUGGUACAAGAUCAAGACGUUCAGGAAAGACUAUACAAUGAAAUUAUUAACGUUGUUGGUAAAGAUGGGCUAAUUACCGAAGGGGACAUAGAGAAAAUGCCAUAUCUCGGGGCGGUGGUAAAAGAGACUUUCCGUCGUCACCCACCAAGUCAUUUCUUACUAUCUCACGCGGCAACCAAAGAAACCGAGCUCGGCGGCUACACAAUCCCGGCGGAUGCCAGCGUGGAGUUUUACACAGCCCACUUGACAGAAGACCCGAACACAUGGGAAGAACCGGGUUCAUUCCGACCGGACAGGUUCUUGGAAGGCGACGGCGUUGGCGUGGACGUCACAGGGACUAAGGCCGUCAAGAUGGUACCGUUCGGGGCAGGGCGGCGAAUCUGCCCGGCCAUGACUUUGGGCACGUUGCAUGUUCACAUGAUGCUGGCCAAAAUGGUACACGCGUUCAAGUGGGUCCCGGUUCCCGGAGCCCCGCCGGACCCGACCGAGACAUUUGCCUUUACCGUGAUUAUGAAGAAUCCUCUGAAGGCUAUCGUAUUGGACCGGACUCGUUUAUGAAGCCGAUGAAAGGUUAAAUAUUAGGGAAAGAGCCACUGUUUGUGGCAAAGGCUAAAACUUUGGUCUUUGUUUAAUUUUGUCACAAUAUUUUUAAUCUAUAUGUAUACUAUUAAAUGGAGUUGUUACUCGUUGAUUUCUAUUUUGUAUUUCCCCUAAACUGCAUAAAUCUUUCGUACGUGUCCUUGCCUAAUAAAGCUUUUUUUUUUUUUUUUCUUU